AUGGCUUCAACGGCGUUAUUGAUUGUCGUGUUUGUAUUUGAUCUGAUUGCUUUUGCGCUUGCUGUUGCUGCUGAGCAACGAAGGUCCAGUGCCAAGAUUCAAACUCUAGCAAAUUCCAGCUAUUGUGUAUAUGAUUCUGACAUUGCAACUGGCUUAGGUGUGGGGUCGUUUCUGUUCCUGUUGGCAAGUCAAGUUCUUAUAAUGGGGGUAAGUCGAUGCUUGUGCUGUGGAAAGGCUUUGAGACCCAGCGGUUCUAGGUCAUGGGCAAUCAUGCUCUUCAUCACCUGCUGGGUGUUUUUUCUUAUUGCUGAGGCAUGCCUUCUUGCGGGUUCAGUGAGAAACGUGUACCACACCAAGUACAAGACUCUGUUUACGAACGAAAAACUUUCGUGUGAGACAUUGAGGAAAGGAAUCUUUGGGGCUGGCGCUGCCUUUGUCGUCUUCACGGGGAUAUUCUCCGAGCUUUAUUAUGUUAGCUAUUCCAGGGCUAACGAACUGGAGACUCCCUAUAGCCGAGACACUGGCGUGAGGAUGCAGAACCUUUAA